UGGCUUAUCAGGCGAACCCGGAUGCACAGAGGAGGGUGGAGCAGUAGACAUUUGGCUUGAUAGUUGCAUUGUAAUAGUGCGUCAGUCAGGCAGAAGUGUUAAUAUAACGCAAUAUUAAUAUCAAUAUCACACAUAUCGACUACGAGACAAGAUGCUGUCUUAUGUCAUUGGUCUCAUUCGCGGUGGCUUUGAAAACAUCAUUGACCUGAUCAUGAGGCUUCUGGGUUUCAAGAGGAAACUUGCCAUUACCCUGGAGGAUCCCAAUGAGAAAUAUCCCCUGCGCCUCAUAGAUAAGGAGAUUAUUAGUCAUGAUACAAGAAAGUUUCGCUUUGCCCUGAAGUCUCCAGACCAUGUGUUGGGACUUCCUGUUGGUCAACACAUAUACCUGUCUGCUAGAAUAGAUGGUAAUGUGGUGGUGAGGCCCUACACUCCGGUGUCAAGUGAUGACGAUAAAGGUUUUGUGGACCUGGUGGUCAAGAUAUACUACAAAAACACUCAUCCAAAGUUUCCUGAAGGUGGAAAGAUGUCUCAGUACCUGGACAGUCUUCGCAUUGGUGACACAAUUGACUUCAGAGGGCCGAGUGGACUGCUGAUUUACAAAGGCCAAGGAGUAUUUGAAAUCAAACCUGAGAAGAAGUCACCCCCAGAGGUUAAGACUGCAAAACAUCUGGGAAUGAUUGCUGGAGGAACAGGUAUCACUCCCAUGCUGCAGAUCAUUCGGGCAAUAAUAAAGGAUCCAAAAGACAAGACCAUUUGUUACUUGCUCUUUGCUAACCAGUCAGAAAAAGACAUCCUACUGCGUACAGAGCUGGAGGAAAUAAAGGCCAAUUACUCAGACCGAUUCAAGCUGUGGUACACCCUUGACAAGGUUCCUGAAGGCUGGGAGUACAGCCAGGGGUUCAUCAAUGAGCAGAUGGUGCGGAACCACCUUCCUCCCCCUGCUGAAGACACGCUUAUCCUCAUGUGUGGUCCUCCACCCAUGAUCCAGUUUGCCUGCAACCCCAACCUGGACAAAGUGGGUCAUUCCCCCAGCAGGCGCUUUGUCUUCUAGGAAAAAAAAUGCGCAAAACCACACUAAUCCUGACACCUAGUCAAGCGGCUCCGGUGCUGAAAAAGCCUCGCCAGCAAAGCUUUCACCAUCAGCAUAGUGUCUCCAAGUACACGUGUGUUUCGAUAUGCAACUAUUAGCCCUUGCAAUUGUUUGCAUUUUGGUAUUUGCACUUAAGUAGACUUUAAGUCUGUAUGUGUUGUUUUGUCACGUUUAAUUCUUGAGUAUAGGAUUAAUGUAGAAAAAAAACUGCAACCAGAACAUUGAUGAAUUAUUUUACUUAUUCUGGCACAUACUUUGUGAUAUUUGUUAAAUAUGCCAAAAAUUGAAAUGCAUAAUUUUGAAGAGUAAGAUUUUUUUCUUUAAGUUUUCUGAAUUUGUCAUUUAAUGUGUGGGUUUUUAAAAAAAUCUUUUUUUUUUUUUUUUUUUUUUUUAAGUGCCUUAAUACCAAGCACCUUACUGUAGAACACAGUACAGUACAUUGGAUUUAAUGUGUUCAAAGUGACAUUGAAAAUAAAGAUCACUUUAAAAUAAUUAUUAAAAUAUUAAAAUUGUACAAGUGGCAUGGAAUGUCCUAGCAAAAGUUAUCAGUUAUUGCUAGCUUUAAUCAGUUCAAUAUAGUAGCUUGUUUUCAAUUAAAAGCUGUAUCUUUGUAUCAUUUAAACUGCUAAACUGCAGCAAUUGGAGAUCUACGCAGUAAUCCAGCAAAAAUUUUAAAGACGUCACCUGCUAUAACGAAGCUUGCGUUCUAUAUAGCGUCAUAUUGUACUGCCUUGAGUUUGACCAAUAAAGGAUUGCAUCUAUUAAUGAGAA